GAGCAAAACGAUUUUAUGCAGUCAAAAUAUUUUCAUGUUAAUGUUCCUUUUAAAAAAUCUCUCACAGACCUUUGCGAGUUAUUGUCCUGCAGCCCCAAAGUACGCCUCAAUCAUAAGCAUGAAAAGAAGACAGCACAUGGGGGUCAGCCAUUCGAAGCGGAAGGAAGUCCGAAGCCUCAUACCAAGUAUAAACCCCAUCUGCCAGGAAGGGGCACUGUUGAAUUCGCCAGAGGCACAAACCUUCCCCAAGUAACCUCUGCAGAUGAUUUGCACACUCAACGUCCUAGAAGAAGUCAAGAUCAAUCUGGCAGAGAUCUUACGGGGCAUGGAGAAGCCACUUACAAGCAGGCACCUCAGGUAUUUGUUGAAAUGAACGAACUGAAAAUGGAUGAAGACAAACAUCAAUACUGGCAAGAAACUGGACGAUGGAUAAAGUAUGAAGAGGAUCUGGACAAGGAUUCAGACCGAUGGGGUAAAGCGCAUGUACCUUCUCUCACCUUCAGGAGUCUCCUGGAACUCAAAAGGGGCAUCAGCAAAGGUGCUGUUCUACUUGACCUGGAGGGAACCACGUUUUCUGGCAUUAGUGUUAAUAUCGUGGAAGAGAUGAUAGCCAAGGAUCAGAUAAGGGCAGAAAAUAAAAUCAGUGUGCUGAAUGCAUUGCUCCAAAAAACCAGGUAAAGUGACCAUGUUUCCAUUCAUCUCC